UACUUAUUCAUCGAUUUUUCGCGUAUUUACGAUUGGUUUGGUUUUUUUUUAAAUUCAAAAAAUCUGUUUAUUUAAUCGAGGAAAAACGUUUGUUUUUAACGAAUUAUUGCCUUAAUUUGUUUGUUAAGUACAUUGGAAGUCGACGUCCAACCGCGUGUGUUGAAAACUGGUAACUCUUGUAAUUACGAAUAAUAACACGAUAAAGUAGAAUCUCAUAUUGCGUAUGUUGAAGCAUCGAAGAUGUUGGUGUUUCGAACGUGUACGCGCCAAUUUCGUUUCACAAAAUUGAGAAAAAAAAUUUCGUCUGUUUGAAAACCUCUCGUGCGUAUUUUAAUAUCUCACUGGGCAAAUUUUUUCAAUGUGGUAAAUGUGCAAACCGAACGAUAUGUUUUCGCGUGAAAAUUCAAUGGUUAUAUGCUUACAAAACUCAAUACUUACUUGCGGUUUAUUACGCGACUUCGUCAACCUUCCUCUCAACGUUCAUUGUCAAUGCAAUAAGUUUUAUUUUAUUUUAUUUUUUUUUCAUUUUCGUUUACUUACUCGCGACAAGAAAAUUCGUCAUUUUUGACGUGUCUAAAAUUUAAUUAAGUAUGAACCGUAUUAAGUUUAGUGAUAAAUCGUUACGUUAUUAAUUCGGUUUUGCGAAAAUUUUAUCGUUUUUUUAUCGAAAAGUCUAGAAGUGUUGUAUAUUUUUUUCGAGUGUUUCAAUGUGCGGUAUAGUUUGGUGAAAAAGUUUGUCUGUUUGUACGAUUUCAGUUUUCUUCUCAUGGAUGACGAUUGGCGGAUUUUUUUGAUAAAUUCUACGACCGUAUGUCGCUGCUAUCGGAUACCUUAAUAAAUCUCAAUGUUAUUAAAUGGCGUUUUAAAAUGAGGAUAACGUGAAUUUUAUCGGAAUGCUAAACUUGCAAUCUUCUAUCCAAGUGAAUUCGGGCGAAUAUUAAGUUAUGUAACGUUUCGAAUGUUUUGAACGCAACAAUUUCGACGAUUUUUCGAAACGGGUAUGAUUUUGCUGUCAUCUUUGUGGCUCAUCAGUCCAUAGAAAACUUCAUCGAAAAGAUGAUUCCGACGUACAAAAAAUUCGUCAAUUUCGUCUUCAAUAUUACGUAUUCGUGACGUUUCUACGAUGCUGUUUACAAUAAAUGUGCGGAUUAAAUGUAGAAUCGAGCGGUAGUUUGUUUCGCGUUAAACAUGAGAUAGGCCUAAUUAACGAUAUAUUGGCUGGUGUCGUGGCAGAGUGUUCUGCGUACCAAAAUGACUUCCACCGAACAUUUUACUGAUAGAUUUGAUAAAGAAAAUGAUCCUUGUGAUAUUUUACUCGAGUCGAUUGAUUGGACGGAUGUCAAAUCCAUCAUAACGUUGAUAUUUUUAAUGUUCAUCGAUUUAGUAGUGAUUUUGGGUAAUACGAUGGUUAUAAUGGCCGUUUACUAUACGACAAAAUUACGAUCGGUUACCAAUUUGUUUAUCGUAUCGUUAGCGGUGUCCGAUUUGCUAGUCGGCGUGUUGGUGUUACCAUUUAGCGCAAUGUGGGAAGUAUAUAAAGUGUGGCUUUUCGGCGACUAUUUGUGUUCAGUUUGGUUGGCUUUGGACGUGUGGAUGUGCACGGCUUCCAUUCUGAAUUUAUGCGCCAUAUCGCUAGAUCGGUACAUAGCGAUUACAAGACCGGUCGCGUAUCCGAAUACGAUGACGAUGAAACGAGCCAAGCUGCUGGUCGGUCUGGUGUGGAUCAUUAGUUUUCUCAUAUGUUUUCCGCCGUUGAUCGGCUGGCGCAACAAGGUGGUGCAGCCUACUUCGACGUUGGUGUUGGCGCGCAAUAUACACUUCCUGAAUAGCACAUUACGGUUCAGCGAUCCUUUGACGACGGAGAAUAAAUUUUCGGCGAAUCCGCAAAGUGUGACGUCGUGUCCGUGGGUUUGCGAGCUGACCAACGAUACCGGUUACGUUGUGUAUUCGGCGUUCGGCUCGUUCUACAUACCGAUGUUCGUGAUGAUGUUCUUCUACUGGCGCAUCUACGUGGCGGCUAUCAUAACGACCAAGGCGAUCAACGAAGGUUGCCUAACCGUGCGAACGUUGAACAACGAAACGGACGAAUCGUACAUGACGCUUCGUAUUCAUCGCGGUCGCGGCUCGUCCGUACGUAAUCCGCCGAGCAGCAAUAGCGUUUCGUCUUUGCAGACGAGCACGUUUAACAGCGUGGAGAAUACGCCUCGUAUGCGGUCGCCGGACACGAAAUUGAAACGUUCGUCGACCAGGCGCUUCGAGCGCGCUCACGACAAACUGUACGACACGUCGCCGGCCAAGACGCCGGAUAAAGGCUACGAUAAGGUGAAAAUCAGCGUCAGCUAUCCGAGCAGCGAUUGUUUGAACGCGACGAUCAGCGACACGGUUACGAAUACGUUGACGGAGCCGACCUCGGCGGCCGCCUCCACUAAUAACGCCACCAGUUCGAUAGCCAGCUCGUCCAGAUCGAAUUCCGGUAAUUUAUACGUGCACUAUUCUAGCGUAGAUAAUAACGUUAGAAGCGUAUUUCACCGGGAGCCCGGCUCGCAUCUGCGAGUCGGCGGCGGCCGGCUAUCCGACACGCCGCAGAGACGUAGCAGCGUCGGCGAUACCUUCGUCAAAACCAGACACCUGAGCGAGCAGCUUUCGUCGCCUAUACAGAAAGAUCUGUCGCCGUCGCCGUCUUGCGAAGAUACCGCCAACCAGAAAGUCAAGCUUUUCGGUAUCGUCGGAAGGCGUAAUUUAAAAACGCACAUAAAACGAUUCCGCAUGGAAACGAAGGCUGCCAAAAAGCUCGGCGUCAUUGUCGGCGGCUUUAUACUUUGUUGGUUACCAUUUUUCACUAUGUACCUUAUUCGAGCGUUUUGUGAUUCUUGCAUCCAUCCCGUUAUAUUUUCAAUCAUGUUUUGGUUAGGUUAUUGUAACAGCGCCAUCAAUCCCAUGUUGUACGCUUUGUUCAGCAAAGACUUCCGACGAGCUUUCCAACGUAUUAUUUAUAGCUGCUUUUCCAGGAAAUUUAGAUUACGCGAUUCUAGAAACGCUCGAAAAAAUUCCGGCGGCUCGCAAUCGGGCGCCAGUAAACGAGCAGAUAGAUCUCCGUCGUACAACGACUUCCCCUUAAAUUCCGUAGUCAUUGGUAGUCAACACUCGGAUAGCGAACCAACGUCUACCGAAAUUAAAUAAUUUUUUUUUGUUUUUUUUUUUUUUUUUGUUGUUUUUGUUUUACUCUAUCGCAUUUCCUCUUUCUUUUCCCCCUUAUUAUUAUUAGGUACCUAUUAUUAUUAUCGUCAUUUUUUGUUUCGUUUUUUCUCUUUUUCUCAUUUCCUUCCUACCACCUGUGCCGUUUUUUUGUUUAGGUAUAUCCUCGUGUGUUUUUUAUCCCCCUUCCCAAAAAAGGAAAAAUUGCGAAUAUGGUACCAAUAACGGCCAAAACAUGCCCUCCGUUAGGGAUGUUAAAAAAAAGUACGUUGUUUUGUAUCCUCGAUUAUUUUUUUUAUUUUUCUUUAUUUUCAUUAACUUUUUCUCGUGUUAUUUAUUAAAUUGUUCUAUGUCAUAAUGCAUAUAGGAUGGGGCAACCGAAAUCAAUGGACGAUCUUCAAAUUUCAAGGAAAACAAUUUUAAAAGGAAUUUCAAAUUCGUACUCAAAUAGGAAUGAUACUCGUACUCGUAUUUUGUCAAAUGGCAUUGCUGGCGAAUAAAAUGGGCUGAUCCCCUGAUCAUAGAUCCAAAUGUUCACCUGACUCGAUCUAAUCAUUGACUUGGAUCCGGUCAGACCAAAUUGGAUCUGGAGAAUUUGUGAGCCUAGUAUGAUCUGAGGUUUUAUAAAAUCUAAUCAGCCGCACAAAUUUAGUCAUUUUUCUGAUUUGAUCAGACCUAAUCUUUUACUCAGGAACUUUUCAACUUGUGGCGUAUAAAAAUAAGGAAGGGAGGUCUACUGGGAGCGCACAAUGCAUUAAUUUAACAAUCUAAAGCGCUGAAAGCGAAAAAAAUGAGAAUUUUUUUUUUUAAAUUUUUGACCAAUGAUGAGUUUGGAGAAUCAAGUAUUUAUUCGGAAAAUUAUAGAAUAAGUGGUAGUAAAAUGGACCACGUUAGCUUUUUGUUUUCAUAAAUUUUCACCAAAUCAAGUUUUUGUGGCCAUAGUACAGUCCCAAUUACACGAAAAAAGGCAAUCCGCUCGAUCGGAGUGUUAAAACGAUUUUAUGAUUGAUUAUUGUUUUUUUUUUUGUUUUGGGUGUUUAUAAUUACACGAUUAUUACACCCGUGGCUAGAAGGGUUUAGAUUUAGUUUAUUAGGUUGGUGCUUUUAAGUAGGGUUAUAAAUUUUUGGAUUUCAGAAGGGUUAUCUGGAAUGGUCAUUGAAUUUGGGUCUAUUUGGAGAGAUAGUCUUGUUUGCUGUAAUUUAGGACAGGUGAAUAGUAAGUGUUGGAUGGAUAUAGGUUCAUUUUCACAGAAUUGACAGGGGGGUUCUACACCCAUAAACGAAUAAAUUUAGCUUGUAUGCCUAUUUUCCCCCUCCCCCCUUUCCGAGGAUCCACCCCCCCCCCAACUUGAAAAUCGCUCCAUCUCCUUAUCUACGGGCUGUACGUAAAAAAAUUUCAAACAAAAGUUGUUCCUUGAUGUCUUUUCUAUAACUUUAGUUAUUAACAAAAUUCAAUUUGAAGCAACCCUUCCCCCUCCAGAACUCAAAAAUCAUUUCUAAGAAAUGUCGAAAUUACGUUUUUUUAGAUUUAUAUGGGAGGUACAUAGUUCAAUAAAAUAGCAUUGAAAAAACAUCCAUAAAUUGGUGCUUAUUUAACAUAAAUUCCACAGAAAUUUUAAAGCGUUCACUCAAUUUGAUAUAAUGAAUAACAAUUUUUUAUGCUAAAAACACAAUUUUUCAAAUAGUAAAAUCUUUUGGCCUUUCAAUUUUUUAAGCCUUUGAUCACGGAUAAAUACACCUUAGAAGAUAUUAUUUUGGAUUCACUUUCAAAAAUUCAUCCGGUUUAUUCCUCAUGAAAAAAAGAAAUCAAAAUUUUAUUUUUUAUUUUAUUUAAUAAAAUUUGAAACUAAAAUCUGGUUUUUGGACUGUUUUCAACUCUCUGUUCACACCGUAAAAUCAAUUGAAAAAGCUUCCAAAGCCUUUCCAGUACCUCCAGAGAAUUUUUAAAAAUUUCCCAUAUCAAUUUUUUUUGAAAGCUUAUACGUCUCAUUUUGAUACGUAUACCUAGUACCCUAUUUUCGACCAUCCGCGACAUAAGAAGCAGUUUCGAACCGUUUUUACCAGUUCUGCAGCCUCCAGCAGAUGUUUAAAAGUUGAAAUUUUCACAAAAAUGUACCCAUUAAACUUGAAAAGUUGAAAAUAUACUUUAUACUCUAAUUUUAAGUUGCUGAGUCGAUUGGAGAUGGAUUUCUAGGUGUUCUGGUGCUUCCACCAAUGUAUUUCUGUCCAUAUUAAUUGGUGCUUGUUGAUGACCUAUGAUCUACUCGCGACCAAUUACCCAUCACUAAUUUUCUAAAAUUCAGUUUGUCAAAAAAAAUUCAAUUUAUGACUUUUUUUGCAUGAUAAGCCUUCAGCAACACGCCCAAGUUAUUGCAGGCUGGAAACGGCUUGAAAUCACUCUUCAUCAACUUAUCGUCUUGAAAUGGUAAUAUAUAGGGCUAGGAUUUUUAUGCAAAUGCUUGUCUGAAUGCGCUGCAGCAGAUACCGCAUAACAAUGUUUCUUUUGCGAUUCAUGCAUUUUUAAGCCGAAUAGCAAAAUUUUUUAGCGCAUAAUUUUGCUUUUUUAGACCAUAAACGCUUAAAACUGCUUAUUUUCAGCAAAAAAUGGCCGAUAACCGCUUUUUUAGCGCUUUUUCAAGUACUUUAGCGCAUAUUUCGAAGAAAAACGACAAAAAAUCGUUCUAAAAACUCAAAUUUUCGUUGUUUUGUCAAAAAAAAUCACUUUCAAACUAUUUUAGUUGGGAAAAAAAAUAAAAACAUUUUGAUCUCUGAUUUUGCAAACGAACAUUUGAAUUUUUAAUCAGUUAGUUUUUAUUUACCUAAAUCUUGUAAUCUGUCACUUGUAGGUACAUUAUGUUUUUGUUCAAAAAUUAAAUCUAAAAUAAAUGAUUUUUUAUAUUUUUUUGAUUUAAAUAAUUCAGUUUAAACUUGAUAGGAAAUUCAAUAGGAUUUUUGCAAUCAGCUUAAAAAUACCUGCAUUCUGAUAUGCCACAUGAUGCACUUACAAACCGCUUAUUUUCGCUUUUUUAGAUUUUUUGGCGCAUAAUUUUGCUUUUUUUGGCCAUUUUAACUGCUUUUUAUAAGCGCUUAAAACUGUUUUUUUAGCGCAUAAAAAUCCUAGCCCUAGUAAUAUAUAUAGUAAAUUUUAGCUUACCAACUUUACUGAUUGUGAGUAAAAUUUUGUGGAAAUUUCAACUUUCAAAAAUCUCCUGGAGGCUCCACAACUGUUCAAAAUGUUUUGAAACUGUUCCCAUUUGAUUCGAUGGAUAAAGAAUAGAUGAAAUACCAAACAUCUUUCUAGGUCAAUUUGGUGACAUUUUAAUUUUUCCGCAUUUUUGGCCCAAAUUGUGAUUGGUUUUCAAAAAUUAACCAAAAAUCGAAAAACUCACUUUAGCAUCUGAAAUUUUUACUGCUGAUGUAUUUUUGCGUACUCUUUCAAUUUAACAUCGUUUGGUUCCAUCAUUUUCCUGUCAGCUAGAAUACCUCCUCCAAAAAAAUGAAAUAAGUGUGGGUUUUGAAAUAUGUAAAUUAUUCUCUCCAAAAAUACGAUUAUAUAUUGAAAUUGGAACGAUAUUCACGCCUACUCAAAAAUAGUUUCAAAAUUCUCAAGAUUUUUUGGGAAAGAAAAAGAGAGGGGGAAGAGGAAAAUUAUAUCAACAGUUUGAUGGACACUUUAAAGCCUCGAUCAAAAUUUUCGACUUAUUUCCUCCAAAAAUCAUCGGAAAAUUCAUUCGAGUGUAAUGCUUGCUUGCAGUAAGUACCUAAUGCAAAAAAUUCAAAAAUAUCACGAUACUCUUAUCAUUAAAGUGUCAAAGGAUCGUGAUCUUUGAUGAUUUGUAAAGAACAUAGUUUAAUUUCUUUCAAAUUCGAUUGUAAACCAGAAUCAAAAUAAAAACUCAAUUUUCAUUGAUUUAUUUGAUUUUUUAAAAACUUUAUUGUGCUAUCGACAACGUUGAUUAAUAAAAUUAUCACGAUCUUACCCGGUAUCGAUACCAGGUCGUCGCAUAUCGCAUCCUUGCCACCCUGCGUAUCGUAAGUAAUUUAAGGUAUGUUUCUUUGAUGUUUCCAAUAAAAUUUUAAAAAAUGCAUUCGCGCGUAAUACCUCCUGAUUUUUUUUUCACUGUGCCAGAUAUCAAAUUGUUUUCCUGUAGCUAAAAUUUGAAAAUUGUUCAUCAACUGGAUUGCUCCAUCCCGUCCUUACUACCUCGAGGAGGUAAAUAAAUUAAGUAAAAUGUGGGUAAUAUUACAUUUACUGACUAAGUAUCUACAUACUUUGUUAGCUUAUAGGCCUACAAAGUUUAAGUACAACAGAGUUAUCAUUUAGAUAACUAUAAUUGUAAUUUAUGAAUGUGUUAUGUUUUUUUAAAGGCUUCUUAGCCAAUAAACUUAUAAUUAAAACCGCUUUUAAAUGUUAACACAUGUUCAUAUACGUAUGCCCUUACCGUCCUAUACUGUCUCUAUAUGCACACUAUUCGCUAUUUAUGUAUUUAUACUUCUGCAUAUUAUUUUGGAACGUUUACCUACCUAUAUUGUGGUUCUGUUUCAACAUACUACUAAGUGUUACACGAAUUACGAAUAUUUCCAUUCAACACUUCACUACCUACCUCGUGUAUUAUAGAAUUGUUAUUCAAAUCAGUAGGUUACCUAUCUACCCUGGGGAAAUCAUAAUAACAACGAUUGCGUCAAUUAUAACGAAGUUUUUUUUUUUUAAAUGGCAAACCCUCGACGCGUACCCUCAAAAGUUGGCUUUUCAUUUUCCGAAAUCAAUGUUCACCUUUUCAAACAAUCAAAAGACAAUAUCGUUUAAUGUUUCGGAUUCUGUCGCCAAUCUCCGAUUGCUAGGUAAUCUGUUUAUGGCAUUUUAGUUGAAUUUAACAACAAUUUAUGCAUUUUCAAUGUAAUUUUCAAUGUUGAAAUUUCUCCAAGUUGAAAAUAUUUUGUACCAAUGUAGACUCACAUAUAAACGAUGUUUUUUUUUUUUUUUGUAAUAAGCAUGGUGUUAUUGAAAAAGAAUAUUAGUUUAUUAUGCAAAGUGUUUCAGAAUAGGUAGGUACAUAGAAAAAGUAUAACCUUCUAUUCUAAAACUAUGCAACAUUUAUUGAGUCUAUGUUGGCAUGAUUGUCCAAUUCGCAUAAAGCAAUAUCAUAUUUUCAUAAAGAAAAUUUUCAAAUCCAAAAAAUAAUUUGCGAGAAAUAAUCAUUCUCCGAAGGAAAUAAGAUCUAACCAAGCUGCGUUACAACGAAUCAUUUCUGCCAUUCAAAUUUUCCUAAUUAUUGAAAAAUAUGCCCAGCUCUUGAAAGCACCUCGUUUUCUCUCUUAAAUUUUCAGUGACCUCGGUCUCACAUUUUUUUCCUUCACGAACAUCAUUGUAGCAUUAUUACAAGUAUGUAAUCUAUUGAGAAUAUUUCAUAACCAAUGUUUGUUCAUCGUACUAAUUAUUAGAGUACGCUACAAUUGUACAAUGUUUAUUUAAUUUUUUGAAAAUGUUCUUCCUUUUAUUUUUUAAGUAUCAUUUGAAAACCAUCGAAGCAUUCAUUUCUCACAUUUUUUUGCAUUUGCUAGUCGAUAUAACGUUGUGAAGUUCUUUCGAAAACAUUCCCUCUUCUCCAUGUAUUAUAAUGUGAACUUAUUCCAGUGGUAGGUCUAGGUAUGUGAUAUCGAACGGGGAAAAAAAUGAGGCCAUUAAAACUUUGAGAUUCGAUUUGAAAAAUUAAAAACACGUCUAUCAUGAUCUCACACCAUUUGUUUGAAAAAAUUAUGCAUAUUGGUUCAUCGUGAAGGGGAAUCAGCAAUCAGCGAAUACCUAGGUACCUAAAUGAAUUAUUCCGAGUUGGUAAUGAUCACUAAUAAUGAUUUACGAUUUCCUACCUAAUUAAUUUAUGAGCAUUUAAAAAAGUAAGCGAUGAUUUUAAAAGUUAUACAAUGUAACAUACCUAUAUACGAAUACUUAUACUGUACGUAUGUACAAGUAUCAAAAUAUGUACCUACUCAAAUUAAAAGAUCUGUAAUUUACACUCGUAAUACGUGCAAUAUCAAUGUAAAAUAAUUGUUUACGUUUAAUCAAUCGUUUAAUCUGAAAAAUUGCGUGUUACCUGCGUAGUUCGCAUAUACGCGUACGUACCUAAUUCAGUUGUGCUGGCUAUAAGUCAACCUAUUUGAGAAAGUUUUAUCAAAACCAACUUUCAAGUGAACAUUUGUUCAUUUUCUAAAUAGGUACCUACCUACGUAUUUAAAAUUAGGUCGUCUCCGAAACGCUAUCCAUCGUGUAUUUGUUGUAAUGUACGAGUAUAAUUAAUGUAUUGGCAUUUUCUCACUAUGUAACAUAAUUUUUUUUUUGUAUAAUUUUGAAUUUUUUUUACAGUCUUUCAUUAUAAUCGGAAAAUAACACUUCAUCAGAAAUGUUACCCUAUAGAUUUAGAUCUCAUUGUUGUUAUUUGAUUUGUUCUUGUGUAUGGGUAUCGUUUUGGAAAACGUUGCGAAUUUAAGUUUAGAUACCUAUACUUGUGUAAUAUUUGUACAUUCGUCGAAUACCUUACCUACAUCGUUUGUCAUUAUUUUCUCUCCGUUAUCUACUUACAUACCUGAAUCAAAACUGUUGUACAAAGUUGCGAAAAUUGGUCAAUUUUAAUGCGUAAUGCAAAUGUAAAGUUUUUGUAAUGUUAUGAAUAAAUACUACAUAAGCGUACCUAAAGGCUGCUAAUUAUCUUAGAAAUGUUUUUGUAUUAAGAUAUUAUACUUAAUAGAACUGAUUUACGAAACCAUUCAACUGAAAUAAAAUACUUUUUUUAAA